GCAUCUGGUCGGUGGUCAGCCGUCAGUGGUUUGUACUCUGUAGUCUGUACUCUGUGAUCUGAGGAUUUUAUUCGUGACAUUUUUACGUAACACGAAAGUCGAAAAGUGUCUGAACACAUUUUCACAAAAGAAAGAGCCGAGAUGCUGGGCAGGCUGGGCAAGAAGCAGAUGGAGAUCGCGGCGAGCUUCGCCUCGUCGGCGGCGGGCUACGGCGGCUGCGCCUUCCUCGCGCUGCUGUACGUCACGGACUGGAAGCUGUUCGUCACCCGGAUCCCCUACUACGGCUCCAAGUUCAAGGACCUGCCGCCCGAGGAGUAAUGCGCUCGGGAUUAAGUGUUUCUGUUUGUUCGACUAGUGAUUAAUAUAAGUUAUAGAUUUCCAA